CCACCCCCACUACUCCCUUUUUACUCCCUCUCCCUUAUUCUCUAACUCCCAUAACGUAGUCCAUGUAUGAAACAGUCACUAUACGAAUUUAUAUGCCCAUACGAAGGUUCCUCCCAGUUCACGAGUCUUGUUCCAUACCGAUGAGCUAACAGGACUGCCAGCUAAGGUUACUCCUCCCCGGCACCCUCCCCUCCGUCCGGUGCCCCAUGCUGCGUCACCGGAAGAAGGCCAUCCAGACGGUGAAGAGCCUCGACGCCUUCCCCAAGACCUCGGAAGAAUGCAUAGAGAAGACGCCCACCGGAGGAACAUUUUCCGUUCUGAGCCUGGUGGUGAUCGGGUGGCUGAUGAUGAUGGAGAUGAUGUACUACCUGGAGACCACUUUCACCUACACCUUCGUCCCCGACACAGACUUCUCGCAGAAACUCAAGAUCAACGUUGACAUCACCAUCGCCAUGCCCUGUAGAUAUGUUGGCGCCGACGUUCUGGACAUGACAGGGCAGCAGGUAAUGACAUUCGGUGCUCUAGACAUGGAGGACACCUGGUGGGAGCUGGACCCUGAGCAGCGGAUACACUUUGAUGGCAUGCAGAGGGUCAACAGUUACUUCAGGGAACAGUUCCACUCCAUCCACCAGCUGCUGUGGCGGAGUGGAUACAUCAACAUAUUUGGUGACUUCCCGAGGAGACGAAUCUUCCCGAGCAAGGAGAAGGAUGCCUGCCAGGUGGUGGGGACACUGGAGAUCAACAAAGUGGCUGGCAACUUUCACAUUACAGCCGGUAAGACCAUCCCUCUGCCACGCGGCCACGCUCACCUGGCGGUCUUCAUGGACGACAAGGACUACAACUUCACCCACCGCAUCAGUAAGCUGUCCUUCGGCGACCCGGCGCCUGGCAUCGUGCACCCGCUGGAGGGGGACGAGGAGGUGGCCGACAAGAACCUCAUGUCCUACCAGUACUUCAUAACCGUCGUGCCAACCUACGUCAACACCUACAGUUACCGAGGCUCCACAUUCCAGUACUCUGUGUCUGAGCAAGCCAGAGAGAUUGCCCAUGACAAGGACUCCCACGGCACACCAGGGAUCUUCUUCAAGUACGACGUCUCGGCCCUGAGGGUGGACGUCAAUGAGAGACACGAGCCUUUUCUGAAGUUCCUGAUGCGCCUGUGUGGCAUCAUUGGGGGCGUCAUGACCUGCUCCGGACUAAUGAGCAGUAUCAUCAACCUGGCCAUCAGCUGCUUCACCUGCCGAUACUUCCGUCAGGGAGACUCAAGGAAACACGACUUGGCAGCGAAAACCUCUCAUCCGCAUACCACCUCAACGACCACACUCCUCCUGGCGGCCGAGGUGGUGCAGACGGAGACGCAGCCGCUCCUCACCUCCACCACAGUCACUUCCAAUGUCGUCUUUGUAUCCGACACGGCGCAGGACAUGCCACCGCCUCCACCGCCGCCGCCCUCGUCAUGACACAGCUCAGCAUGGCAGUUCAACUCCUUCUUCAGCUUGAUGCAGUUUUCCUCCUUCAGAAUUCUUUAAUACGUAGCAAGUCUAGAUUAUUAUGAAAGUUUUUACGUUUUUUGUAUUUAUUUGUAUGUAGCGUGGGAGGAUGCGAGCGUGGUCCUGCCCGAUGAGUGAGCGACACGCGAGGGGACGGUGAAUCUCAGUCCCGGACCACAAAUUAGGUUAUUCCACAUUGUUUUGGAGACUUCACAAAACCUAUUCACACACAGAUUACUUUUCCAUACAUGAUUGUGGCCCACUGCCUGGUUUUGCCUCUAUGUAAGAGAUGCAUCGAUGAUCUCAGCUGUUUAGAUGAGUCAGGUCCGCCGUGAGCUGUGGUUCUGAAGAGUUAGAAGAAAGACAGUCCAGUAUUUUUGCCUUGUGGUGUAAUUGCUCUCUUAGGGCUUUUGAGUUUAUCUCUUUCCAGGAGUCUCAUUUGUGAAGAGAACUGUCUUGCGUUACUCCUGGCUUGAUGCAUGUCACGGUAAUAGGCAGGCAACACACACUGGAGGGUGGCGUCUAGGGCAUUAAGAAGCACAGCAUUCCAGGAGUUAUGAAUCAUUGCUCUAGUGAGGUGACAGGCAGCCGAGGACCUCAUUGGUGUGCCUGUGCCAAGUGAAACACACUGGUCAGUAAUAGUUGGGUGUUUCUUUUUUUGCUAACCACUGGUGACAGCUUUUAUGUGCUAUGCUUCACUUUGUCUUACCACUCAAAGUGAGUUAUAUAAUGACAAACUGUACAAAAUUUGUUACUGUAGCUAAAUACGGAACCAUCAGCAACAUGAUGCUUCUUCCCAUGGCCCAGGCAAGGACACAACACAGACCAAUGCAAACCGUCAUAUCAAAACUUCAUUCUCCCUGUACAAUAAAUUUUAUUUAAGAA